CCUGCGGCUAGUAAAUAAGGAGACCGAUAACCAUGAUGACGUGACACCGCCGGUCUCCCCUCACGACUUACCGAGAACCCCGGUGACGACCAGCCGACCAAAGCGAGCGCGCAAAUUCGAGGCACACGCCGAUGCCACACUAGCGGAGAAUGACCUUACAGAGGCAGACAUUGUUGCCGCGCGCGUCAAGGAAGAGUGCCUGCGUCUGUACCAGGCUAUCAAGGAGAUGGAGAAGGAGUAACGGAGAGCCCGCGUGUAUUCCUUUCAAUAAGCUGCCGCCAAAGAAGGACUACCCGGACUACUAUGUCGAGAUCAGCCGCCCGAUCGCAUUAGACAUUAUCAGGAGCCGGAUCACACGCAACAUUUACAAAAGCGUCGCCGAUUUUGUUGCCGAUGUUAACUUGAUGUGCAGCAAUGCGCAGCAGUACAACAUGCCGGGCUCGGAGAUCUGUGAGCUGGCCGAGGAAAUCAAGAGCAAUGUGAAUAGACUGUUUGCUGCCAGCAUGCCCACGAACAUGCCUCCUGUGACCAGCCCGACUUUUCACAUAAAGCUUAAAGUCCGCGAGGAGCGGGCCGCUCAGAGCAAUGUUGUCCCGGGUGACAUCCCCACAUUGCGUGAUAAUCAGAAUGCCCCAAGCCAGACCGUCAUCUCUGCGCCCAAGCCCAAGCGCAAGCGUACCAAAGACAAUGUGCCAGACAAUGCCGAGAGCAAUGACGCGGAUGAUGCCGCAGCAACGCGGCCCGACGCUGCUGGGGUCAUAUCAACACCAGCCACAUUAGGCAGUGCGAUAGACGAGCUGUUUCAGGCCAUUUACGAUGCCGAUCUCACCCAGGCACUCCGAGUCCUGGACACACCCGGGCUGCCCCUCAACGAGCAUCGCAAGGUCGUGCUGAAGGAUCAGGAGAUCGGGUCCACCGCCAACGACAAUUACACGUGGGCCCCAAUGCAUGCUGCGGCGUGCUAUGGCAGGCUCAAGGUCGCGCAGGUGCUUUGCGACAAGGGCGCCGAUAUCGAGGCCGUGGACACAAUGCAUAAGUCUACGCCGCUGGCCUGGGCCGCAUACACUGGGCGCAAGCGCCUUGCAAAGUACCUCGUGCGCUCAUUAAACGCCAGCGUCAAUGCGAGGAACGCGCACGGCCAGCUUCCCAUCCAGAUUGUGCUGGAUCCCAAGAACCCCAAGUGGGCUGAGUUUUUGAUGCCCACCGAUGGCUCAAAGGUCGACCUGCCGCCACCCGAUGAGCAUGAGUCGUCGCCAGAGCCCAAGAAGACACCCGUCAAGCGGCCAAAGGCCCGCUCAAGCGAAAAUUUGCUCGCCAAAUCGCCAUCGGUGACUAGUCCCUCGGGGUCGGCCUUGAUAUUGACACCAGCCUCGGCAUUACGGCGUGCCAAUGAUCAGACCGCCCAGCCAAAAGUGGCCUUGCUUUCUUCAAACCCGCUAGCGAUAGCGUCCGUCACAUCUGUUGUACCUUCGCGGACUCCCGGCCAGCAAAGCCCGGCGCCCACAGCCUCGUUUCCCGGCCCGCCGAUCCCCCAGUGCAUUGGCGGCAUCGGUCACCAGGAAGUGACACAUUCGCAGAUGACCGACGCGAUGAAGGAGAUUGUGGCACAGCUCAUCAGCUUUGAGGACGACGAAGGCACUCGUUUGGCCGAGGUCUUUGAGGACCUCCCCGACCGCAAGGAGUACCCAGAGUACUACGAGGUCAUUAUGCACCCGAUGGCGCUCAAUCUGGUGCAUUCCAGAAUAGCUGUUGGCUACCGCAGCUUUGACGCCUUUAAUUACGAUAUGAUGUGGAUAUUUAACAACGCCACAUUUUUCAACGAGUCGGACUCGCAGAUUUACCAGGACGCGGUGGUCUUGGAGAAGGAGUACAAGCGUGUUUGCCGCCAGGUACUACAGAAGUACGGUAUUCCGUUUGACACCUCGUACAAUGAUGCCGUGGCUCCUGAAGGCCGGUACGUCAACCGCAUCACUGCCGGCGAUAACGACAUCUUUGUCGGCGACUUUAUCUACAUCAAGUCGGGCACCGAGAUGCGCAUCGCCAUGGUAACCAGGCUGCGCAUGUGUGGUCUAAACGAUCGGCGAAAGUUUAUCGACGGGCGCUGGUUCCUCAAGCCCUCCGACAUUCCCGAGCUGGCUGGCCAGCCUGUGUACCCGCACCAGCUGUUUGCCGGCCCGAUAUUUGACAGCCAUGGCGUGCGCGGUAUCAGUGGCAAGUGCUACAUCUUGCUCCCCAACGUUUAUGCGCGCGCGUACCCACAGGGUUAUGCCGCUCAGGAUGUCUUUAUUUGCGAUAGCCUGUACGAUCCAGGCAGUGGCGAGGGCCAGGCAGGCACGUUCAAGCUUAUUACCAACUGGGCACACUGCUUCAAGACCCCUCUUAUGAAGCCACCGACAUUUGUCACGUACAUUACACCGUUUGUGCCUAGCAGGCGGCCUAUCGAGCUGUGGAACGCUAUCAACCUACUGCCGCACCAGGGCCUCACUAUGCUUAACCGCGACGCCGCACGGAUACAUGAGCAGAACCAGGCGCGUGCGCGUUCUCAGUCCCAGCAAGCCAUCAUACAACAACAGCAGCAUCAUAAUCAGAAUCAGCCACAGCAGUCCGUUGCGGAGCCAAACAUGGUUAGACCGCCCAUUCAGCUGUCGGCACCGAUGGCUGCACCGAUGCAGAUGAACACACAUACGGGCAUGCAGAUGAACACCCAGGCCAACAUCUGGGCAGCAUCAGCAAAACCUUUCCAAGCUGCAGGCGCAAUUGAACCAACAGGAAAACAGCAUUCGUCACCAGGCCAUGGAGCAGCUAACACAGGCGCAGAAUCUAAAUCCAAACUACAUCGGGUCGGCCCAGCACCAGGCGCUGAUGAAGCAGCAGGCGCAGCUCAUUGAGCAGGUACAGCAGGCGUAUUUUGCCCAAGUAACGCAGCACCAGCAGGUGUACAACCAGCAGGUGCAAAUGCUGACCCAGUCUCAGCGCUAUCCUCCGCAACAGCAACAGCAACAGCAACAGCAACAGCAACAGCAACAUCAGCAGCAGCAGCAGCAGAAUCCAGGCAUGGUCCCAACUUUAUCGCCAAUGAUAAACAUGCCUCAGUCGGUGGGCUCUGUCAACCAUGCAUCUCCGGGGAUGGUCCCGCACAGCCCAGGAAUCAACCAGAUGAUGAUGUCGUCGCCCCUCGGGCGGCCAGUACAG